AUGUUUUCUUACGAUGCGGUUCCGUCAGCAAAAAUAUUAGCUUCCGUUCAUUCAGCAGCAUUCAUUCGAGUGUGUCGCUUAAUUCCUCGUCGCUCCUACGUCUCUUCCUAUAGAUCGAUAUUUGUAAACGUGAAAGAUUUUUCUUUAAUCCUUUUCUUUUUCUUCAGAGUCGGUUGUUUUCCCUACAUCAAAUACCACUGCACGAAGAGGCCAGUUCAGGACCUCAGCGCUGAGAACAGGCUCUAUCGCCUCAUCACAGUUGUGAAUCUGGGUAUUCCAUGUGUGUUAUACGGCCUGGCAGCGAUCGCACUGAUCAGGCAUACCGAGACAAUUGAAGACGAACAGACGAGGAAGAUUGUCCGCAUACACUUUCUCAUCAAGGAGGAUCAUAACUGA